AUGGACCGUUAUCGCCGCCGCUCUGACCCUGUGGUGCAGCUGCAGCUUCCUGUCUCCCCUGAACUAAGCCAGUCCCAGUAUCGCUACCCCCUCUUAUCCUCAUCACCACUGUCCGCGAACCGCGCAAACCAGACAACCAGAUCAACCAACAAGUACGAGGCCAAGGUUCAAGCUCUGAUGAGCAUGACCUUUGAGCUCAGCCUUCGAAACCUCAACGUACAUGUCCAGCGCCUCGAGCGUGAUGUCCGGCGCCUCGUCACCAAGACCGCCAACGAUCAAGAUUUCAGACGUGAGAAUGAGGCUACCCUGGCAAAGUAUAUGCAAGAGGUUGAAGCUGUCAAGUUGAAAUUGGCUCAAUAUGGCGACAAACCCUCCGUGACCCGGGCUGAUAUUGACAAGCUGCAGCAAGAGAUGGCUCAAGAAGCUGGGAAAUGGAAGGCGGAGGUGGAUGAUAUCAGAGCACAACUCGAUGCUCUGAGGGAUCAAAACCAGCAACUCAAUGCUCAGAGGGAUCGAAACCUACUUGAAAAGCUCAAUCCUCUUUUUGAAAAGAUUAAGGAGAUGGAGGGCAGCAACCAAACGCCAGAUGCUCAUGUGCCCUCUGUGCCCUGUGUUCCCUCCCCUCCCUCCGCUACUCGGACUCUGCCAGCCCGCCAGUCAACCCCGAGAAUGGAGACUCAGGUUGCCCUCUCUUCGGAUCAUGAGUACCGAAUUACUGAGACCAUCAACUCAACCAAACGCUGGAACCGAGAGCACAAAAUGACAAAGUGUCCAGACCCCGAGUUCAUUGCCAACUAUCUUAUGAAGCAAGGGCGACGCGACACUGGCAUUGCCAAGGUGCUUCAACAGGCGAUCCAGAAGCGGGUUUUCCAGCGUAUCAAGAUGGAAACUGGCAAGCCAUGGCGUCCUCAUGAUCUCACGGAGCUCUGCCACAGGGUGACUUGGCGGGAGGUGAUUGAUGCAGCGACAGAGGUAUUGGUCACCAAGAGACACCGAACUGUGCAGUUGUUGGGGCAGAUGUGA